AUGUAAAUCAGUCUUGGUAACCCUUUUGUGUUGUCAUUAAUUAAAGUCAAAAAUGAAUACAUUUCUUUUCGAAUAUUUAAAGUUUAUAUAGCUAUACUUCAUUAGUUUUUAUUUAGUGCUUUAUUACAUUUUACUGAUUACAGCUUUAAUUCCCCUCUUAUGGCUCUUAAUAGCAUAAAUGCAAUUAUUGGGUUAAUAACAAUAGUAUACAUAAGUUUAUAAUUACUUUCUAUCUCAUCAUCUAAAAUAAAAGAAUAAAAUAAAUGGUUAUAUUUUUAUCAAGACUCCAAAAUUUAAUUUUGGGCUGCUAAUUUCAGAUCCUUUUAGAUCAACAGAAUUAUGUUUUAUAUAUUUACAAUUGUUGUAGCUCUAAACUAUCCAUAAGUAUAAUCAAUUUUACUUUAAAUGUCCUCAUGUUUUUAUCUAUGUUAUAUAUUAAAAUCUAUAGAGUCUAAGUAUGAACACACCAAACUAAUUACUAGAGAAUUUUAUUUAUUUUGA